AUGGGACAAGUCCAUCCUCAACAGUGUAGAAAGACUGGUGAUAUGCUUGAGGCUGAAGUUGGUGAUGCUGAUCAGAGCAAUAACAAAGGGGAUGAAGAAGAGGAUGAAGAACCCAUCUAUAAUUAUACUCCUCCUGCUACACCUACCUCUAGUAGAUCUCCUGCGCAUAAUGAAGUUUUAAUGUCUAGCUUUAGCCUUACUUCAGCAAAAUUAGCCAAAUCAGGCCAUUCACGUUUGAGGGUGUUACUAGCUACAUCAAAAAGUUUUCUUUCAUUUGAAGAGCAUGAUAAUCUGGUCUGGGCUGCACUAAAAGAAGUAGGAAACUUUUCCACCACUUUAAGUGCCAAGUUGUUGAAGCUGGAGAACGUAGAGAAUGGGUAA